CGUUGUUGGUUAAUCCGUUUUGUUUUUCGAGAUUAUUUUUUGAAUUCUUGAUUUAAAAAUUCUUUAAAAUUAAAUUUAAAAAUUAAUUAAUCCAGCUAAUCAUCACAAUGAAUAUUAUCUAUAAAUCACCAUUUGAUCGUCAACAUAAAGUAUUGGAAAUAUUGAAUAAACAAGAUUCGUCGAUUGUUCGAUUGGAUGAAUUGAAACGUAGAAUUCUGAUAAAAGAGAAUCUUUCAUCAUUAUCGAUCGAUUUUGAUGUGUUGCGUAAUGGGAAAAAAAUUGUCGAUAAUUUAAAUCUUAAUGAUGGUGAAACAGAUAUUUUUAUUCAUUUAUUCAUUCCAAUACCUGGUGGUAAAGGUGGUUUUGGAUCGAUGCUUCGUGCAAUUGGUGCACAGAUUGAAAAAACAACAAAUCGUGAAGCAUGUCGUGAUCUGAGCGGUCGCCGUUUACGUGAUGUUAAUGAAGAAAAACGUAUAAAAGAAUGGAUAAAAAAACAAGCUGAUCGUAAAAAAGAAGAAGAAAAAAAGAAACGUGAAAAAUUAAAACAAAUUGCCGAAGGAAAUUUAUUACCCAGUUCUGCAAAAUAUGAUGAUCCAGAAUUUGAAAAAUUUCGUACCGAAAUUCCGGAUAUUAUUGAUGAAUCAAUUGAACAAGGUCUACAAAAACAGCAGCAACAAAGUUCAUCGGGUAAAAGAAAGUUGGAAACAGAAAAUUCUCCCGAAGAUAAUUCAUCAUCCGCCACUUCAUCAUCAACAUCUGAUGAUCAAUGUGAUAAAAACGAACAACAAUCAAACGAUAAUAAAUCGUUACCACCGGUAAAAAAAUUGGCCAAAAAACAUGAUCUUUGGUUGGGUAUAGAUGUCUCUGAUGAUGAUUCGGAUGAUGAUCAAGAUGAUGGCGAAAUGAUUGUCAAAAAAAUCUAAAACUUUUCUUCUUUUUAUAAACAUUGACAUUUAAUACUAAUGAUUACUCGACAAAAGAAGAAAAGAAUUUAUUUUCUCAACGAAAAAUGUCAACAAAACCAAA